AUUUAUAUAUCAUGGAUAAAUUGGUAGGUAGUUCGGUAGGGAGGGAGAUCAAACUGCGCGCCAUGGGUUUCCCUUUACGCUUCUUAUCAUCAUUGUCGUUGUGCCUCUUGGCCCUCCUCCUCCACCGGGCCACGGUGACAAGUGGGUGUUUCAGCUUGGAGAGGGAGGCACUGUUGGACUUCAAAGCUGGUGUCCGAGACACCCGCAACCGGCUAUCUUCUUGGACAGGCCACCACUGUUGCACAUGGAAGGGAGUGACCUGCGACACCACCACUGGCCACGUCGUCAGGCUCGACCUCCGGAAUACGUUUGAUUGGGCAUUACGCGGUGAGAGGAUGAACUCGUCAUUGCUUGCUUUAUCACAUCUGGAGCACUUGGAUCUUAGCUUCAAUGAUUUCAGCGGGAUCCGCAUACAGGAAUUCAUCGGCUCCUUCAAGAAACUGAGAUACCUCAAUCUAUCUUCUACAGAUUUCAUGGGAGGAAUACCUGUUGACAACCUCGAGUGGCUCUCCCAUCUCACGUCCUUGAAGCACCUGGACUUGAGCGGGUUGAACCUAACCGAUGUCCCAGAUUGGUUCUCAUCCGUGAACAUGCUGCCAUCCCUCCAAGUGUUAAGUAUGUAUUCCGCUAGUCUCAAUACCAUCCCAGCUUAUGUUGUCCACGUCAACUUCACCUCCUCUCUUACCGUCCUUGAUCUCUCCUCUAAUAAUUUCAACUCCACCUUACCCAAAUGGUUGGGGAAUAUUAGUAGUCUUACCCAUCUUGAUCUUCAUGAAUCUGGGUUCUAUGGCGUUAUUCCCGAUACAAUUGGAGACUUGGGUUCUCUUACUUUUCUUGAUCUAGGAGGCAAUCAACCAAUUGACAGGAAAUUUGAGCGGUUGGCUGGAGCAAAUGACGAAUCUCAUCAUUUUGGAUAUCCGAUCUAAUUUAUUCAACGGUUCCAUGCCUUCCUCCGUUGAUACCUACGAGUUGACUGAAUUUGGAUAUACAUCGAGAUAAUAAAUUAAAUCAUUUAUGGUUCAAACUCUUGAGACUUGUGAUGUAAUAAUCUAUUAGUGGGAUAUCUUUGGUGAACUAAUUUGUAUUUGAGAACUCAAUAUGUCGUUGUUGUUAUACGUAGACAUUAUUGAUGUAUCUAUUUUGUAUUGCAUAUAUUUGGAUUUAAUAGGUCUAUCUAAUUUUUGGUGUUGGAACCAAAAAAAAAAAAGGUGUUGCAAUAUUUGAUAUAGUUAUAAAAUAGAAGUUCUUUAA